ACUACUCUCAUUGAAAAUCUCGGACAGAAAUAAACAUGGACGUAGGGUGAAACUUUCAAUGUUUGAAACUAGGUUUUUAUUUGUUUUUAAUUUAACAUGGAUCGAAAAGCACAAUACAAACACAAAGCUGAUGGUGUCCAGGCGAUCAGAGAUCGGACUAGAAACGAGGAUAUCGCAUUAAGAAAGGAGAAAAAGGAUAAAGUUCUCAGUGCAAAGAGGUUCCGUUUUAUAACAGAGGCUGAGGCUGGAGCUGAAGUCACACAAGACGAGGUGAGAAAUGCAACAGCUGGUCUCCAAAAACCUGGUCCUCAUAGAAUUGAAAACCUAAAGCUAUUGAAGCAAGCAUUCUCACAGGGGACCGUGUAUAUUGAUGUCUUCUUCAGUAUUGAUAACUCUCUGAGCUGGCUGGUGGGCCUGUACACAGGACAGGAUGUUGAACUACAACAGGAGGCGGCCUGGUGUAUCACUAACAUAUCUGCAGGGACACACCAACAUGCCAUUGCUAUCGCUAAAUAUGUAGCACCUUACCUUGUUACGUACCUGAGCAGUGUGAUACCUGUGAUUCAGGACCAGAGUGCGUGGGCACUAGGGAACUUGGCUGGAGACAGUAAGGAAAGUCGUACCCUGAUUCAGGCCCAGGGUGUUGUCCUCCCCCUUGUACAACUACUACAAUCACCUCAUCCAUCAGUUGUGCAGUCCGCUUCAUUUGCCUUAUCUAAUCUGGUGAAGGAAUCUCAGGACAUAGCAAGGGAGAUUGUUCAAGCCAAGGCAUUACCCUUACUUCAAACCCACCUGACCAACACACAGGAGAAUGAAGGCAUUUUAACGGAGGUCUCCUGGGUCCUUACUUACCUAGCUGCCAGUGCAGAAUUUGCAGAAGAGAUGGUCAAACUAGGCUUGCUCACACAGAUUGUUGAAAUCCUUGUUCAACUUGUGUCGACGAAUCCCCAUGUAUUUCAGAUUGUGACCCCCUUACUUCGUUGUCUGGGUAACAUAUGUAGUGGUCUAGACGAGUACACACAAAUGGCAUGUACAAACCCGUCACUCCUUCAGACUCUCACCGCCUAUCUGUCCUCCAGUCACCGACACAUCCGCAAGGAAACCCUCUGGGUCCUCUCCAAUAUGGCAGGAGAACCUCACACAUGUCAUACAUUGGCCUUUGGGCCACUCCUCCCAGUUAUCCUUGAUCAAGUCACUGGAGCCUACGACAUAAAGAUGGAGGCUUUGUAUCUGCUGUGUAACAUUGCUUGUCAUGGCGAGGAACUUUGUCUGCAGCUGUUGAAUAAAGGGAUUCUCCAGAAGGUGGUGCCAGUGUUGAAGUCACAUGAUGUGGAGAUUCUUAACUUAGGAUUAGCACUUAUUGAAAUGACGCUGCGAAUGACAGAAGGGGGAAAGAAGAUAUUAGAGGAGAGUGGAGGACUGGAGGGAUUAGAAGCCCUGGAGUAUCACAACAACACUAGGAUACGCGAACAAUCCUGCAACUUAUUGGAAACCUACUUCUACUCGGAGUGAUAUUACCGGAUAAACCUGACUAGGCCAGGAGUCUGGCUGUCAACUAUACCUAGUUCUACCAGGACAGAGCCAGUUGAAGCAUUCAGUGAAUUGUAGCAGAAUUACCAAAGAAAUAUAAAUGCUGUAGAGGCCAAGGAUAGCCAGAGACCUUUUUGUUUCUGUGGAAAACACAAUCUAUUUCAAAAUGGCUAUUUCAGGCAUAAAUCUUAACGGACAUGCAGGUAGAAUUGGGGCCGUGGUGGCCGAGUGGUUAAGGUGUCCCGACACUUUAUCACUAGCCCUCCACCUCUGGGUUGCGAGUUCGAAACCUAUGUGGGGCAGUUGCCAGGUACUGACUGUAGGCCGGUGGUUUUUCUCCGGGUACUCCGGCUUUCUUCCACCUCCAAAACCUCGCAUUCCUUAAAUGACCCUGGCUGUUGAUAGGACAUUUAACAAAAAAAACAAACAAACAAACAAGGUAGAAUUGAUAAAAAGUCUCCAUCAAGGCAUAUCUGAAAGUGACCUAUAAAAAUUUGGUAUUUGGUACAAAAAUGGCCAAGAAGUAACGAUAUUUCUGACACAUCAAAAGUAAUUGAAUACAAGAUUUGAUUAUAGACUACUUUGUCCUGAAUUUCCCUUUAAAGGGGAUUUAUAUGUGAUGGUGGUCAGUGAUAGGGCCUGGCUUUUCAUCAGUAAACAGAAGUGUUGCAGGUUGCCCAAUGAUGAUUAAAGUAUAAAGAAUGUGAACUUUGAUUAUGUUACAAAAAAAAGAGAAGAAAGCAGCAAAAAAAAAAAAAAAAA